AUGUUUACUGGGGCUGCUCGCGCCUGGUUUGACAGCCUCCCGCCUGGAAAAAUCAGUUCGUGGGUUGAUUUCAGAACACUGUUUGUAAACCACUUCAGCCAACAAAGAUGUUACCAGCGUGACACAGCCGAGGUAACAGACAUUUGGCGUAUAGAGAACGAAGGAUUGGAAGACUUCAUCACUCGCUUUAACAAGAAGUGUUUGGAAAUCGAUGGUGUAAGUGAACAACUCAUGCGCGCUCACUUCAAGAAAGCCAUUCGCUGUGAUAGCCUCAUCAGGACUAUCACUGGAAAAGAUGGAAUGCCCAAAGAAUGGGAUAAGCUCAUGGAGGCUGCGAAAAUAGUUGCCCAAACUGAAGAGUCAUUGGCCGGUAACAAGAACUCUUACACUGAGGAUCGAUUUUCCAAGGGAAGCUCGCGUGAUAACAACAAGCGCAAUAAGAACAAAGGUCAUGAUUGGAAAUCCGGAAAACCAAGGGGUUACGAGGAGAGACCGUGCUAUAGAGAAGAUGCGCGAGAAACGAUUGACAGAAUUGGGUAUCGGAAAGCAGUCAGGGAUGAUAACCGAGAAAAACACUGGACUCCGCUCAUAAAAACACCAAAAGAGGUGCUGAUGACGGAGAACCACGACUUCAAGGCUCCAAGGCCUAUGACGAACAAGAAGGGUCAAGACCCGAACUUGUACUGCGAUUUUCACAAGGAUACAGGCCAUCUUACAGAUGACUGUAUCAGCUUACGUCAAGAGAUCGAGAAAGCGCUAAAAAGCGGAAAGCUAAGCCACCUGGUGAAAAACGUGCGUAAAGAAACACGCCAGAUCUAG